CCUUCACCUAAAGGUCAUAAAUCGGACCUGGCCAUUUCGACCCGCCCCAGAUGGCCUUGAUAACCACCACAUUUGAAUUCCUUAUUGAAUAGAGAUAGUCUCAUUUCCCUCACCGUUGAACUCACUCGCCGAUCACAAACGACGGAGCCAGAGAGCGACGCUGAGAGCUUAGCGAUGCCUGUGAGGGCGUCGAGUUCCGGCAAGAAUUUGAUGCUGCCGGUAUUGGAUCCUCCGCGGGACCAAGAGCUAGGCCGGCUCAACGGAGACGACGACGAUGAGGAGGAGGAGAAGCUCUUUAAAGGAUCCGCCAUGACCAGACGUGGAGCCUACGCUGCAAUUUCUUACAUGGCCUGUGCAGUGUUGUUGGUGAUGUUCAACAAAGCAGCACUCUCUUCUUAUCGAUUCCCUAGUGCAAAUGUCAUCACACUCUUUCAGAUGAUAUGUUCAUGUUUCUUUCUAUAUACCUUGAGAUGCUGGAAGAUGAUUACUUUCACAGCUGGGGAAUCCUCGGCCUUUUCUGAUAUCAACACCACAACACUUGUACCGUUGAAGACUUUGAAGAAAACAUUUCCUCUUGCUGGAGCCUAUUUGCUAUACAUGCUAGCCUCCAUGGAGUCUGUCCGUGGAGUAAAUGUUCCAAUGUACACCACCCUCAGGAGGACUACAGUGGUUUUCACAAUGGUGAUGGAGUAUUUUCUGGCUGGGCAGAGAUAUACAUCUCCUAUUGUUGGAAGUGUUGGACUGAUCGUUCUUGGUGCAUUUAUUGCUGGAGCUCGGGAUUUGUCAUUUGAUGCCUAUGGCUAUGCUGUUGUCUUCUUAUCCAACAUCACAACAGCAAUAUAUCUUGCAACUAUAGCCCGUAUUGGGAAAUCCAGUGGCCUCAAUAGCUUUGGCCUUAUGUGGUGUAAUGGAAUCAUAUGUGGACCAGCUUUGCUUGUUUUGACUUUUUUUCAUGGUGACCUGAAGACGACGAUCAAUUUUCCUUAUCUGCUGUCACCUGGUUUUAUGGUUGUCUUGCUCUGUUCCUGUGUACUGGCAUUCUUCCUGAAUUACUGUAUAUUUCUUAAUACAACACUAAAUUCAGCACUGACGCAGACAAUUUGCGGUAACUUGAAGGAUUUCUUUACCAUUGGACUUGGCUGGGUGAUAUUUGGUGGCCUUCCAUUUGAUAUUUUGAAUGUCAUUGGGCAAUGUCUCGGUUUUCUUGGUUCUGGAUUGUACGCGUACAAUAAGCUCAUAGGGAAGUAGCAUAAUCAAUGGAUGGCUAGUUUUCUCCAUUGAAGAUGAUUAGUUGCUGCCUUUGCCCUUGUUCCCGCUCCAAUUUUGGGUUUGUGAUUAUGGAUUCUUAGAAGGGAGAGGCGACUGUUAAAGAUAGGAGAUUUCUGCUCAGUGGAUACACAACUAUUAACUGGAAACAAAGCCUGCUUCUUUGGCCUUGUAGUUAUUCUUCUACAGGAUAGGUAUUAGAUUAGAAACAAUGAUGGCAAUUUAGUAUUGGCAGCUGCUUGCUGAUCUAAUUUGUUAGACUUGACAUUGUAUAUGAUGAUUCUCUCUUCUUCCAAUGUUUCCAGACACAUUAUAUGCUCAAAUUUUGAAGAGAUGAAGUUUUGGAUAAAAGUAUAUUAACCACA